AUGGUUAGCAAAGGUUGGUUUUUGUGCAUUGGACUUCCUAUGGUCCUCAUCAUUGAAGUCUCAUCUCAGGACUGUGACCAACUUUGCAGCUGGCUCCAACAAGCCAACCAGGCCAACGUGGAACUUCUGAAUAGCAAGAUGGGAUCCACGAUUCCACAACAAUGCAUUGAAGAUGUAUUCAGCUUCUCUCCCAAAGAGGAUCUGAGAAACCUUGAUGUCUCUGAGGAGGAGAAUGCCAAGGUGGCCAUCCAAGAAGUCCUCCAGCAGACAGGUCACAUCUUCAGACAGAACCGUACUGAAAUGUUGUGGGAUGAGGAUUCCUUGAGAGCUUUCCAUGCUGGACUGGAUCAGCAAAGUGAGAACCUGAAGAGUUGCCUGAGUGCAUCUCCAAGGAGUCAGAGGAUCCAGCUCACCAGUCUGAGAGUGAAAAGAUACUUCCGAAGCCUGAAUGAUUUCCUGAAAGAGAAAGAGUACAGCCGGUGUGCCUGGGAAAUCGUCCAGAUCCAACUUAACCAACAAUCGCUGAUGCAAGAAGAGCUGAUCAGGUUGAAAAAUGCAGCAGUUUCUAAAACGUCUAAGAAAACUGUUCUUCUAGACACUGUGCUACAAUACAAGAAAGAAAGAAAAACCUACACUCUUUUCAUCCCAAAUAUGACCACAAAGACUUGGCUCCUUGACAUUUGCCUUAUGAUGUUUCUUGUCACUGAAAUGUUGUCCCAAAACUGUAGUCAUCUUCGUAAACAUCUUCUGGAUGACAACAAGGAGAACUUGGCAGUUUUGAAAAGUCAAUUGGGAUCGGUUUUUCCCCUACAAUGCCUGAAUGAUGUGAUCAGCUUUUCAUCCCAGCCUGAAGAAGAAAACAUCCAAAGUAUUUUUGAACUCCAGAAAGAGAAUGCCGCCGUAGCCCUCCAUGAAAUCCUCCAACAGAUUCUUUGCCUCUACAUCCAAAACCAUACCAAAUUGCCUUGGGAUGAGAAUUCCAUUGGCAUUUUAAAGGUUGGACUGAAGCAGGAAAUCGCAAAAUUGACACCGUGCUUGAGUGAAGACAAACAAGAGAUCAGGGAAGACGUGAAAAAAUAUUUUGAACGAAUCCAUACUUUCCUAAAAGACGGGGAGUAUAAUGAGUGUGCUUGGGAAGUCGCUCAAAUCGAAGUUAGUCGAUUUUUCAUGGUGAUGGAGCAGCUCAUCAGAACACUUCAUACCAAAGAAACUGUUUUGAUACCUGAAGUAAAAGAGGCUGAGGCUGAAGCUGAAGCUGAGGCCGAGACUGAAAAUGAGACUGAAAAGGAGGCAUCAGAAACAUGUCUGCUCCCAGGGAUAUUGGGAUUUGCUCAGGGCUGUAGCAGAGUUCGUGGAAAGCUGCAUGAAACCAACCAAGACAACUUGGAACUUCUGAGCACCAGAAUGGGAGCAAACAUUCCUCGAGAGUGCAUCAACGAUGUAAUCAGCUUCUCAUCCAGAUCAAGUGAAUACAAUCUUCCAAACAUUUAUGAAUACCAGCCAGGAAAUGCCACAGUAGCCGCAGAUGAAAUCCUCCAACAGAUUGUUUACACCUUGAGUCAAAACCAUGAGAAUUUGUCUUGGGAUGACAAAUCCAUAGCUGUUUUCAAACUAGGAUUGGGCCAGGAAAUUGUGACACUGGUAUCAUGUUUGCACGGAGGGAUGGAAAAUACUAGAAAUGCAGUGAGGAAAUACUUCAGACAGAUCAAUAAACUUCUGAAAGAUAAGGAUUACAGUGAGUGCGCCUGGAGGAUUGUCCAGAUGGAGAUUAGGCAGAGUUUAACGAUGGUUGAUGAACUCAUCGCAAUGUUUCCCAAACAAAGCUGUCGCCAGACCAAAGAGGGAUGAUGCUGAGACCUCAAGCCGAUGUACUCUUUCAGAAACAUCAGAUUUACUUGGAGUCAUUGACACAACGAUACAAGCAAAACAGCUGGAUGAAAUUGCAACAUGAAGAAAGCCACCAAAUCUUUCAUCUUUCAUUUGGGUUUUCCCUCUGACACAUGGCUAGAAAUCAAAACUGCUGCCUUCCGCUUCAUCUGUUGUGAAAUUGUUUCACUGAGUUUUAAAAUAGCAUAACGCAAUUUUGAACUGCAAAGGCCUACCUUGAAGAUUCACAUGGGAAAUAAAUGGGGAGGGGAGAUGAAAAUAGAAAUGUGCAGAAGGAAACCAGAAAAAGAUUCAAGGCAGAAGAUUCUGUUCAAGAUUUCGUCUCCCUUCUGUUAACCUGAUCAUAUUUAACUGGAGGAAUGUUGCUUGCCUUUGAGGACAGAACUAACUUUGUUAGCAAGUUCUGUCUGUAACCCUUUAAGCCUGGUAUGGAAAUAUUUGCAUUUUAGAAGCUCUAUCUGAUCAUAUUGCUGGUCAGCUCACAUGCAUGAAGUCAUGAAUUUAUUCUAUACAUAUUUAUUCUAUAUUUUCGUGGAAUACAAAGUAAUGUUUCUUUCUAUUAAAA